AUGGACGAGAUCAGCCGGGAGGACUUGCUCGAUCAGACCGAGGUCGCGAGUCUGGCGAAGGAAAUUAAGCUCGGUGUCGCAGUUGAGGAGGCUCAACAGAAGAUGGAGAGCAGUCUGGGGAGGAGACCGUCUAUACCAGAACUGGCGGAGCACCUCACCAUACACCCGCAGGAGGUGCAGAAGAGGCGCAUGGCGGGCACCGCUGCCAAGAAUACCCUCGUCGCCGCCAACCUUAGGCUUGUCACUAGCAUUGCGAGGAAGGUCGCCUCUACGAAGAGCACGAAGAGUACGGCGGGCAUCGCCUUGGAUGACAUGGUCCAGGAGGGGAGCGUCGGUCUCAUUCGCGCCGCGGAAAAGUUUGAUGCCUCCAGGGGUUACCGCUUUUCCACAUACGCCACUUGGUGGAUACGCGCGUAUGUUAUGCGCUCUAUUACCACGCAGAGCAGGACCAUUAAGGUCCCGAGUACUAUCGUGGAUGAGUAUGCUCGCAUUCGGAAGCAGUACGCCGUGUUGCAGGCAAAUGGCGUUUUCAAGCCCACAGAUGACCAGGUCGCGCAGGCACUAGGAAUCACCGCGGCCAAGCUGCGCUUUGUCGUCAAGGUCGUCACCCAGGUCCCCACCUCGCUGGAUAUUAAUCUUGACUCGGGAAAUAACUCAAGUAACCCGCGUGCUUUGAGCGAGAUUGUCGAGGGUGAUGACAACGUCGAGGAAAGGAUGGUCGAGGAUUUGCAGCAGAAAGAGCUCGACAGAGCGCUUCGCAGGUGUCUGCGCCCACUGGAACGUGCCGUCAUCCGACUGAGAUUCGGUCUCGAUGACGGCCAGCCCCGCACCUUGCGCGAGACUGGGCAGCUCUUAGGCCUCUCCAAAGAGAGAAUCCGUCAACUCUUGUUCAGAGCCCUCCCGAAAAUGAAGACUCCUGAAAUCGAGCAAAUGCUUAUUGACGCGACCGCCCGCUAG